CUCUCCCUCCCUAGUCCCUUCGCUUCUCUCUCUUCCCUCUCUCCUUUUACCGGGGUCCCUCUUCCGGUUCUCGGGCGUCCGAGUUGCAGUAACUCUCGAACUCUUUACCUAUUCUGUUUUCCCUUAAUUUUUGUGUUUUGCUCUCUGUUGAAAUGGCAGAAGCAUGCGGAGGCUGUAAAUCCUGGGUCGAUGACAUUUACUGGACCCAUUUCAAAUUUACGCAUUUUGCCCUGCGUCUCCCUCCUGGUUUUGAUCAACACCUUGCACUUCCCAAAACGUUUUCAGAUGGCGUGAAAAGGAAAUUGCCAGAUAAUGUGACCCUUAGAGGCCCUGGCGGAGCUCAAUGGACUGUCAGAUUGUCAACUAGAGAUGAUAUAUUGCAUUUCACGCAUGGUUGGCAGCAAUUUGCACAAGAUCACUUUUUGGAAGAGAAUGAUCUUCUGAUCUUCAAGUACAAUGGUGAAUCACAGUUUGAUGUUCUAAUAUUUGACAAGAAGAACUUAUGUGAGAGGGUGGCUUCUUAUUUUGUCCGGGACAGUGGGCAGACAAAUAAGAGAAACACAGAUAACUGUUUUGAAGAAGAAAAUGUUAAUGUCCCUUCUAAUAUUGAUGUCAAAGGGGCUUCGCCUGAGAAAUCUGCACAUCGUAAAAAGAAAACGGCUCGUAAAUCUACUGUGGAACAUAUCCCUGCCCAGCAAUCUAAGCGGAGAGGAAGAUCUGCCCCUAUGGAAUACACACCUCCCCAGCAAACUAAUCGGAGACUGAGAGGAAGAUCUAGGGGAUCUGAUGUGCAUGCUGGAGAAAUUGAAUGGGUUCCUGAUGCUGAACCUGCAUCCAUGAGCAGAGAUAAGAUGGUUGAAAUAGUGGAUGCUUCAAGCAGAAAGGCCGCCAUAGAGGAGGCGAAAAAGAAUACCCUCCAGUUGGCUCAAGCAGCAUGUACCAUGGAUGGAUUCUAUGUAGUCAUGCGACCCUCGCAUGUAUUCCAGAAAUUCUAUGUGACAAUCCCUACGAAGUGGGUGACGCAGCAUCUUCCUCCACAAUCUGAAGAUGUGAUAUUACGUGUGGGAGAGAGUGAGUGGCUUGCUAAAUAUGCCUUUGAAGCCAGUCGUCGGAGCGGCGGACUCACCGGCGGGUGGAAACAGUUUGCGCUGGACAAUAACCUGCGAGAAUUUGAUGUUUGUGUGUUUCGCUUAGCAGGUAUAGGCAAGAAGCCACUGACCCUUGAUGUGAAAAUAUUCAGGGUUGAUGUGGAGUGAAGAAUCCCGGAGGGAAAAAAAAAACUAACGAGGCCGAUUCAAGCAUAACAAAAUUCUAUAGCUCAAUGAGUAGGUAUGUAAUAUAAUUCUGUGUUUAUCUGAGAGGUCAUGCAAGUUAAUGGUUGUAGUGAUCUGGCCGCAGGCUAUAUUCACGUUUUGCGUGAUAAUUUUGGGUACAAUGCGGUCUCUGUAGAUGUCAUGUAUCAAUCAAAUCAUCUAGCGCAGCUUGGUUUAUU